UUUUGCCUUCUUAACAUUUGAAUAUGGAUUACCGUAUCUGGUUGUUUGCAUGUCUAUCAUGGACACUACUAAAGCAAAGUCACUUUAUGAAAGAGUCUUGCUUUAAUGGAACACUUCUGAUGAAUGUUAUUUUAUUGGAUGAUGAUGUGUCGCCCUGGAGUAUCAAUUUUGUAAAGUCGGUGGUGCUGAGAGCUGUUGGAAAUGAUUCUGAGAUCUCUGAAGAUGAGGUGAAUCCCCAAUUAGAGGUAAAAUUCAGAGGGUUUAAAACCAUUUACUACUUGAAAAAAGGCUGCGCCAGUAGCGCCUGUGAGGGGGUUGAAAUUUUAAAUGAUCUUGCGAAUGCAGGGGAGGAGGGAUGUGCUUUGCUGGGACCAACCUGCACUUACGCCACUUUCCAAAUGGUUGAUCUGGAGAUUGGUCUGAACCUCAACAUGCCCAUCAUCUCAGCCGGAAGCUUUGGAUUGUCUUGUGACUUCAAGAGAGAUCUGACUCGACUUCUGCCUCCAGCAAGAAAAAUCUCCAGCUUCUUCUUUCACUUUUGGAAUGUCACAGAUGAUAUCAAGCCUGAAUGGAAAACAGCGUACAUAUACAAGAAACAGAAUAACACAGAGGACUGUUUUUGGUACAUAAAUGCACUUGAGGUGGCUUCAGGCAACUUUUCCCGUAGUUUAGAGAAAAUCGUGAUUCUGCGAAAAGAGGAUGACCUCAGUAAGGCUCUUGGAAGCCAUGGCCGGGAGAGUAACUUGGUCAUUUUAUGUGGAACACCUGAUGACAUCAUGGAUCUGAAGAACGGCACUAUGGACUCUGAUAAUGAAAUCGCUUUUCUUCUGAUUGACCUUUACAACGACAGAUAUUAUAAUGAGACAUCUAAUGAUGCUAUGAAAAAUGUCCUGGUGCUAACAAUGCCCAACACAAGACAAUACACCAUUGACACUUCUGGUAACAACACGAUGAAUGAUUAUAUUGCAGCGUAUCAUGAUGCGGUGCUGCUGUUCAAACAGGUGAUGAGGACCAUCUGGAAGAUGCCGUCCUCAGAAAUUCAGGAUAUGGAGUCUGUCAGCAUGAACUACUUCAGAAAUGUGUCUUUCAAAGGUAUAGCUGGAGAUUAUCAGCUGGAUGAAUAUGGUGACAGGGAUCUCAUAUUUUCUUUGAUCUACACUAACAACAACAAUGAGUACAAGAUUCUUUAUGAGUUCAACACAUCCACCAACCACACACAGCUAAAGGACAGCAAUCCUUCCUUCAUUUGGCCUCAUCUCCGUCUGCCUGAAGACCGGCCAGAUCCCACAGACUUCCAAGCCGACAUCAUUGUCAUAGUAUUGUGUACUGCUGUUGUGGGGAUCAUGGGUACACUUGCCUUCAUCUUUUACUGGCAAAAUAGACAUUACCGUCACAUGCAAAAAAGAUGGUCUCAUAUUUCCUCCGAGCUCAUUAUGCCUUUAGAGUCGAAUGAGUGGAAUAUGAUCAGUCUGAAGAUUGAGGAAGACUCUACACAAAAUAGUAGCUACAUCCUACACCGUGCACGCUAUGAUAAAAAGAUUGUUAUCCUUAAGGAAUUAAGGCUUAAAGAUGGAAGCUUCACUGAAAGACAGAGGAUAGAGCUCAACGCGCUAUUGAAAAUUGAUUAUUACAACCUGACCAAAUUUUAUGGGACAGUCAAAUUUGACAAUGAGUAUUUUGGCGUGUUUGAAUAUGGAGAGAGAGGAUCCCUUAGAUAUGCGCUCAAUGAUAAGAUUUCAUACCCAGAAGAGACCUUCAUGGACUGGCAGUUUAAGAUCUCUGUCAUGUAUGACAUUGCAAAGGGCAUGUCUUAUCUCCAUGCAAGCAACAUUGCAGUCCACGGGCGUCUUAAAUCAACUAACUGCGUGGUUGACAACCGUAUGGUAGUGAAGAUUGCAGACUUUGGCUUCAAUACUAUUCUCCCUCCCAGUAAAGAUCUGUGGACGGCCCCUGAACACUUGAGGAAGCAGGGGAUCUCGCAGAAAGGAGACGUGUACAGUUUUGCUAUCAUUUCACAGGAAAUCAUGAUGAGAAAGUGCACAUUCUAUACAAGCGCCUGCUCUGAUCGUACUGAGAAACUGGCGAGCGUGCAGUUCCCUAGUAUGACAUCUUCUUUCUUCAGACCUGAUCUAAACUUUGAGAACACCAGUGAAAGUGAACAAGAGGUGUGCAUGCUGAUCAGAAAUUGUUGGGACGAAGACCCAGACAGACGACCAGACUUCAAAAAGAUAGAAAACACUCUAUGGAAGAUUGUCAGUCUGGACAACCAGGAACAUGAGAGCUACAUGGAGAACCUGAUCCGCCGGCUGCAGAUGUAUUCCCGUAACCUGGAGCGGCUGGUUGAGGAACGCACAGCUCUGUACAAGGCUGAGAGAGACAGAGCGGACUGCCUGAACUUUAUGCUUCUGCCAGGGCCUGUUGUGCGCUCUCUAAAGGAAACAGGAAAAGUGGAACCUGAGCUCUUUGACGAGGUUACCAUUUACUUCAGCGAUAUUGUGGGUUUCACCACACUGUGCCACUUCAGCACACCCAUGGAAGUGGUGGACAUGCUCAAUGACAUCUACAAAAACUUCGACAGCAUCCUUGACAAUCAUGAUGUCUAUAAGGUGGAGACGAUUGGUGACGCAUACAUGGUGGUCUCUGGUCUUCCUCGACGCAAUGGGAACAGGCAUGCAAAGGAUAUCUGCUGCAUGGCACUGGACAUCCUGUCCUUCAUGGGCACAUUUCAGUUACAGCAUCUGCCUGGGAUACCCAUGUGGAUCCGCAUCGGUGUGCAUUCAGGGCCCUGUGCUGCUGGUGUAGUUGGAAUUAAAAUGCCCAGAUACUGCCUGUUUGGAGACACUGUGAACACAGCAUCUCGCAUGGAGUCCACAGGUCUACCACUAAGAAUUCAUGCAAGUCAGUCGACUAUCAACAUUCUCCAGCGCACAGACUGCAAGUUUGAGUAUGAAAAGAGAGGAGAAACUUACUUAAAGGGUAAAGGAAAAGAAACAACAUACUGGUUGACGGGAGUUACAGGGCAAAAUUACAAUCUGCCAACACCUCCAACAGCGGAAAACUUCCAGAAUCUGCAGCAGGACCUGUCUCAAAUGAUAAAGAAGUGUCUAGAGAAGCGGCCCUCCAGCUUGUGGAAGAGAAAGACCCUUUCAGCACGUCACAGGAAGCUCUGUGUGGAAGUGGAAAUGGAUUGCACAGAGCAGCCAGAGUAUCUCCAGCUGGCCACCGGUGACAGUUUUAGCACAUACCUGUAAAUCCAACACACUGCCACGUACGUCUGGACCAAAAACCCUUUCUUGCUAACAGAACUGGAUUUCAGUGUAAAUGUUAAAAUGUAAAUACUGUAUAUUUGGAUUUAUUAUUAUGGAGUUAUCUAACAUUAUUAG